AUGUCGGCUGAAGUGCAUGGAGGCCGUGCUCCAACCGCGAUUUCGAAUGAGACGGAGGUGCCGUCAGGAUUAAGCGCUCCGUCGGCAUCUGCAUCCAAUGGCCUCUUCAGCUCGGUCAUGCAAGGGAACCCCUACUUUUCUGCUGGUUUUGGCCUCAUGAUCAUGGGUGGUGCUUUGGCGUAUGCACGCACAGGGCUUCGCUGGGCAGCAUCUGCUGCGCAGCGCCGACUGCUUGUAUCACUGGAGAUUCCCUCGAAAGAUCGUGCACAUCCCUGGUUCCUGCACUGGAUGGGCGCGCAAGCGGCUGCGCAGGCACUCCGUCGCAAGGCGCACCAUGGCCACCUUCCCCGCGAGAGCAUCGGCGAGUUCUUGGGUCUUACGUCUCCCAUGGCACCAGCUGAUGCUCCCGCGAACGAUCCCCUACGUGCAGCAUCGGGGCAGAUGGUCGCGCCUGUGCGCAUCAUAUCGCGUGAACUGGCUGUGGACACCCAGGAAACCGAGAACAACGCCAGUGGGAGUGGUAUGCAACCUAAUGGUAGCGAGCGCGGCCCAGCAUCAUUCUCGCUAGUCCCAGGACCUGGCACUCAUUGGUUCCGGUACCGCGGCGUAUGGAUGCGUCUACAGCGUGAGCGCAAUGGAAAAAUGGUUGACCUCACUACCGGAGCACCGUGGGAGACCGUAACGCUGACGACGCUGGCUGCAUACCAGCACCUGUUUCCCCAGCUAUUGAACGAAGCACGGCAGCUCGCACUGUCUUCGACGCUAGGCAAGACUAUCGUGUUCACCAGCUGGGGUGCAGAAUGGCGUCCGUUUGGUCACCCUCGCCGCGUGCGGGAACUAGGCAGCGUCGUACUUCCCAGUGACCGUAAAGAGGAAAUUGUGAAUGACCUGACGCGCUUCUUGGGGCGCAGUACCUGGUAUGCCAAGCGCGGCAUCCCCUACCGCCGCGGCUACCUGUUACACGCCGGCCACCUAGGCUUCAACAUCUGCCUACUCAAUCUGGCUGAGCGCGGUAUGACCGAUGACAAACUCACGCAUCUCUUAUCGAAUGCGCCUGAGCGUAGUAUUAUGCUGCUCGAGGACAUUGAUGCCGCAUUUCUGGGUCGCAACACCCAUGCACCGGAGCGCCAUGCCGACGGUUACCAGCCGAACGUAACAUUCUCGGGCCUGCUAAAUGCUCUCGAUGGUGUGGCAUCCGGCGAGUCGCGCAUCAUUUUCAUGACGACCAACCACCUGGAACGACUGGAUCCUGCGCUCAUCCGCCCAGGCCGCGUCGAUGUCAUUUGCGAGUUGGGUGACGCGGAAGACCGCCAGGUGCAUGAGCUGCUCAUCCGCUUCUAUCAGACGGACCUCGUCGAGCAGCGCGUCCAUAAGGUGCGUCUGGCCAACGGCGUGGAUCCAGCCGAGUUUGCGCAGGCACCACAGCCACCCGACUACGACGCGCCGUAUUACCAACGAGCUUUGCUCGAGACGACGGAGAACUUGCAGGCACUGGCGCAGGAGCUUGCUACCCAUGUACGCAGUGCCACUGCGCGCCGACGCAUGGCCUUGGGUCUGGAUGAACGGGGCCAUGAGCCUGGCACGCAGCCGGCCGUGACGCGCCGCGCCGCUCGCGGCGGUGUCAGCAUGGCGGAGCUCCAGGGCCUGUUUAUUCGUUUCCCUGAUGAUCCCCGAGCCGCUGUCGAGGCAUUUGCAGCAGAGAACGAGCUCAGGUGA